AUGAAGACUACUUUCACUCUCCUGGCAUUGGCCACUCUCGCUUUGGCACAAGCUGAUGUCGUCCCUCGCUGGUAUACCUCCAAAGAAACACCGCCUAUCACGACAUAUGUUACGACCUAUGUCACAACUACCUACACCACCCUUUGCCCCGUCACAGAAACUAAGACAUACCCCGGGUCCACUGUGACAAUCACAUAUACCACAACCAGUACAGUGGAAAAAGUUUACCCUACCACAAUUGAAGUCUACACCACUCUUGCUCCGACGACUAAAUAUAUCGAGACAUAUGUUUACGAGACUUCCACCUCUCUAUGCCCUGUUACUGAAACCGAAACUGUUUCUGGAAAGGAGGUCACUGUUGUUUAUACCAGCACCAGCUUGAUCGUGCAAAAGGUCCCAACCACGAUUAUCGAUUAUACCACCGUGCUCACAACUUGCUACGAGACGACUGAGGUUUAUACCACAACAACAGAGAUCGAGUCAUUUUAUACGACCGUCAGUGCCGGCUCUACUGUGGUACUUUAUGUCACUGAGACUAGCACGAUCGAGUUAACCUCAGCUUACACAAUCACCGAGACCUUGGAGCCGCCCACCACUAAAGCAACAGUCUUUGUUCCCAUCACUUUGGAGACUUCGGUUCCUGUAACGGAGGUCAUCACUGUCCCAUCUGAAAGGACAGCCACCAGUACGAACGGUACUGUCGUUCUCACUUCGUCCUUUACCAUCCAAACCACAGUGACAGGCCCUCCAACCACAACCACUUCUGCUCCUGCCCAGAUCUCGGCAGGAGCUGCCGUAAGCAACCACCCAGCAGCCUACGCCGUAGCUGGUGCCAUGGCUCUUCUGGCCCUUGCAUAAGCGUUUCGAACUCGGGAUUCCUCCUUACUUGAAAAGGUUUCGAUGAAAAGUUUUUGACCCAUCACACACGAUUUACGACCGUCAUGUCGCAUUACACUCCUUUAAGCGUUAGGUUGGGUUGGGCACACAUAGGGUUGACAGGGAAAACGGAGGCGAGAGUAGUGCACUGGGACCGUGGAGCACUGGAAUAAUGUGCUUGGGGUGUAUAAUGGUCAUGAUACUACGCUAAUUACUAAUUCUAUUGUAAAUAUUUAGACAGAGCC